GAAAAAAAUGCUCGAGUCACUGACAUGUCUGCAUAUAAUCUUAGUAAAUAAUGUUACCCGACUUAAUGACAGGAUAUUAGGCAAUUCCUCGUCGAAACUCGGCCAUAAAUUCAGUUUAAUUGACCGAAUACACCGCAAUCUACGCUUUUCGGAUUAUUUAUUCGAUUUUUUACCCGACACAUUGACGACACAAAAUGAAUUCAACUGUAAAACUUCUCUGUAUCUGUCUAAUAUGCAUUGCUUCAACCGACGCCUGGAUAUUCAGAAUCUUGCAAUGUGAUACAGUAUUAUGGCCCAGCAAUUGGGAGCAUGGAAUUUCUGGUCCGAAAUACGAUAAGUUAACCUACGUAUGUAGCGUAGCAGUAGAACCAUCUGGAAAUUGGACCAGCGUAGUUGAUGUUGUUGGUAAUCAACAUUCUAACGGAAAGACCUAUACGGAUAUUGAGGUCAUCGAUAUUGUCGUCUCACCAGCGCUUGAUAACAUUUCCAGUAUUCCAUCGAAUAUAGGAAAUUUGUUGCCAAAGCUUAUUGGUGUUGGUAUUUACGGUGAACUGAUAACAUCAAUUACUGCAGACGAUGUUAAACAGUUUCCAAAUUUAACUUACCUCGCCAUUUCUAACACUGGCAUUGUUCACCUCGAUGGUGAUUUAUUUAAAUACACACCACAUGUCCAGGCAUUACUUGUGCCAAGCAACAAAAUUGUAAGCGUUGGACAAAAUUUGCUUAAAAAUCUUGACAAUUUGAAAUUUGUAGACUUUUUGUUAAAUUCGUGCUUAAGUUACUACGCAUCUACGCCUCAGCAGUUGGAAUGGCUGAAAGGUAACCUAACCUUGCGUUGUCCACCAAUCGUAACAACAACAUCACCACCACCACCGACGCCACCAACUGCACCAAAAUCGUCUACUACAGCUACUACAUCACCAACUACAGCCACAAGUACUACUGCAACACCAACUACAGUCACAAGUACUACAACACCAGCAACAGCCACAAGUACAACUACAACAACACCAUCAACACCAACUGUACCUGUUGAAGAUUGCGAAAGCAGUUGCUCACCAAACGAAGAUACAAGUGAACUCAAGGAUGAACUGAUUCGGCAAGGUGCAUUGAUUCAAAAUCUUUUUGAGUUGUUGUCAAAUUACCGUGCGGAAAUGGACGAGCUGAGGGAUGAACUGAUCAAUCAAGGUGGAUUCAUUAGAGAUCUCUAUGGUAUUAUGUCCGACCACAGUCACAGAAUUUUUGAGUUGGAAAUGGUCGAUGGGGAACAGUGAGAACGGUGAUUAGUUUCUUAUGUUAUCGCCAUUAGUUUAGGCUGAAUAACUAAAUUUAUUGCAUUUCAAUACAAAAAUGACAGAAUGUGUACUUACCAUGACGAAAGUAAAGCGUUGCUUGGACUAUACGACCGUUUGGUUGUGUUUUGUAAACUUUUUAACUUAAUAAAUGGUGGUUCGGU